AUCCGAUGUGAGAGGGCGCUUACAGUCAAGGAAGCCUGCGUGUAGCCGUAAGAAAAUCUAAGAAUACAACUGGAAGAAGCCAAGCAGUGCUCCUUUCUUAAUCAGGUUGCCUGCACCCAUCAAUGUUGGCUCGCCUAUGCUGCUGCUGCUGCUGCCAAUGACUUGCCUUGUACUCCAAUCAGCAUAAUCUGCCUUGCUAAUGGAUACUGCUGACGAGCCUAGCAUGGCGUGCCAACAGUCCUCACCACUGUUGCUGCUGCCACUACUCAUGCUUGAUUUGGCACCACAUUCACGGAUACAGUUGUCCUGUCUGCAAUUCAUGGCACUAGAAAUGCCUGUGACUCAAGCUUUUCACAACAUUGCUUAAAGACCUCAUGGACUAGCUCGAAUCAGGGAUGUGACAAUUCCAUAACUGCGCAUUCUUUUGGGCCUGUGUGCUUUGGCCUGGAGCUGUAGUACCAAGCAUUCUUAACGGACCUUGAGGACAGAUUCAAUUCAGUGGGCACGUUUGUCUAGGCCAAGUAGUCGCAGGAGGCCCCGACUCAUUUGGAAGGAAUCUCCAGAUGAAUAAAAGUUGCAGGAUCGGAGCCAAUUGUCCAAGAAGAAGUGAUAGGCUACUUUGACCUGGGCAACCCUGGAUUGCAGCUUGUCGGGGGUGACACUUUCUACCUCCCAACCGAAGCACUUAGAGAACAUGUCCUAAUGUCCGAGCACGGCAAGGAAGGGCAACCUAUAAUUGUUGUAGUAGAAGAAGGCUCUCAAAACGUUGUUGUUCAGGCUUUUUCUAGAGAUUCUGAGGCAGUGGGAGAGGAGGCAGCCUUCACAAUGAAUCAACUGGAUAAUGCCAUCUCAGCUACACUUCCAGAGCAGUUUGCUGGUGUAGAAACAAUAACAACUACUGAAGGGCAACAGCUGCUAAUUCUGUCUGAAGGUGGUAGUGGGAAGCCUGUAGACACACCAGUUGAAGAUUCUGCUGCUGCUGCUUCUGAUACUGGGUCUUCGUGCCAUGAGGGUUCGAAGGAUAAUUUACCUAGGCAGUGUGUUGCAUCACUUAACAGCAUCCAGACAGAGCUACAGCCAGGGUGUAAAGAGUUGUUGGAGGUAAAUGGCAGCAAGGAAGUAAAAGCAAUUCCUGAUAAUGUACAGGCUCCUGAAGAAAGGGCAGAAUGCAAAUAUGAAAGUGAAAGUAAGCCUCAUGCACCUGCGCCUGUAGAUGUUCAAGAGUCCAAUAAGACUAGUGGCUCUUGUGUGUCAGUUGCCUUUGGCCAGGGCGACAAUUCAGAAUAUCAAGAAAAGCCAGUAUCACCUAGCAUGGAACCAGUGCAGGACACCGAACAAAAGAAGAAUGGAACAAUGGCCAUGGAUGUUGGUCAUCUAAGUGAUGGUCAUUCCAGCGACAUGAUUACGCCACCUGCACAGGCCAUAAAACCUGGCACAGAGACCAAACUAAACGCUUCUGAAGUGCCACUGGCACCAUCCAUUGCUGCUGAGAAGUUGGACACUGCUGACUUACAUAAUGCAGACAAACAUACCAAGGAAUAUGCCAUGUGUGCUGUACAGGACUUCAAAAGCAGUGAGGCUGCAGGCAACACCCUUGCAUUUUGUGAACAUCAAGGUCAAGGUACAAGUAUGGAUGUUGCUUGUUCACCUCAAACCUCAAGCCAGCACCUUAUCGUGGACCCUGCAACACAACCAUCACUCAAAAAGAAAGUUGAUAAACCUUCCCCAAUGGUAGCUCAGCACAGUGACGACUCAUCAGGAAAAUCCCUCAAAGGAGGUCAAAGUACUAAAGUGUGCAAUGAAAGAACCAAUCAAAGUGCCAGCAUUAAACUGCGAAAUGGAUCUGAAAGUACAGGUCUACCUUUACCUUUGAGUCAAAGCAGUAAACACAGCAGUGAUUGUUCUGCUGUGACUGGUCCACAGCAAAAAAGCAUGGAGCCAGAGGCCAGCAAGCACUCUGUUACGUUAAGGGCUGGUGCAGCAACAGCUCUUGCCAAAAGCAAGGUGGGACAGCCACCUCAGUAUGAAACUACAGGGAGUGCUUCAAACAGAAAUACUUUGGUUUUGAGCCCAGAGCCCUGUCCCACACCUUCAUCUUCCAAUUUAGAAGCUAGUAGCCCAUCCCCUCACCACAAACAACAGAGCUUGGUGGAGAAGGAAGGCACGGCAUGUACACAUGACAAUGCUGUGAAUGAGGAAAGUGUGUCUUCUCCAGUCACCACAAGUGUAGAAAAAAACCUAGAGUGUGAAGACAAGCAUGCAGACUUCAACAUUGAACCUUUGCCUUCUGCUUCAGAGGAACUAUCUCAAACGAGUCGUAGUGUUGGUGCAUACAAUUCUGAUAAACUUGGUGGAAAGAAUACAUCAGAUGAAAAGGAUUGUUCCAAUGAAGAACAGGCAGAAAUCCUUGAUAAAAGCAUGACUGAAGAACCAGGAAAAAAAUCUCUCAUUGACGAAACAUUAAAAGUUCAACCAGCUACCAGUAGUUUAAGUAACAACAUAAUUACUGACAUUGAGCAAGAAAAAUGUCAGUCAAUUGAGAAAGAUAACACAGUAACAAAACUUUGUGAUGUUAUAAAUGAAUGCUCUGAGUUACCACAGGAUUUUCAGACAAAAUCCAGUCAAAGAGAGAAGGCAUUCCAUUCAGGUGAAAUGAAAGUAUUGCAUGAAAUACCAAAGAAACAAAAUAAAAAACUGGCAUUGAAUCCUGUGGCAACUAGUCACGUGGAAAGCAAGUUGCAGGGCUCUCCAAAUAAUGAUGGUCAUAAAGUCCCAGUCCAUUCACAAGCAUCAUCAAAACUAGACACCGAUGAAAACAAGUUAAGAGAAACUUUUCAUAACAAUGAUGCACUUCCUUGCGAACCUGCCGAUAGCAACGUAAACGUGCACGAUACUGAAUGUCAACGUGAUAAGAAAGAUUUUGAGCAUUUUGCGCCACAUGAUGGCAAUGGAGGACUUCAAGAGUUGCACAACGACGAACAUCAAGAGAUGGGGGCAUGUGAAAGGACUGCAGUGAAAACCACAAACCAAAACAUUCAAGAACAAGAGGAAGAAGGCCAAACUUGGGUCACAGAUGAGGACAGUCCAAGCGUGCCAGAGGCUUUGACUUCUUGUAUACAAAAUGUGCCAUGUUCGCCAAAAGCUAAAGGUUCAAACUCUGCAGGAGCAAGAAAUGCUAUAGGGUCCGGUGAUAAACUUCUUGCUGCACUUGACCUAGUUCCCCGUCAAGAAGCAUCACCACUUCCACCUGAUGACACAACAGAACCCUGUCCACCACCUAAAGAGCAAGAUGUGACAGCCAAAGAGCUAUGUACAGCACCUAAAAAUUCUGAUGAAGGAGACAAAGAAACAGAACCAAAAGAAGGAUGCUCAGAUGGGCAAGAAGACGAUUCUCCAAGUAAAAGGCGUUGGAGUCUUCGUACACCAACAAAACCAAGAAAGAGAGUCAUUAUCCCAGACAGUGAUGAUGAAGAUUUUGAGGCCUAUGCAAGUGAAAACGUUCCAACUGUAGCACAAAAGAGCAAGUCAGAGCAGGCAUUUGAUGAUCUUUUGGAUUUCUUCAAGAAAGAGCAAGCUCAGAAGGCUGCCGUAAAAACUGCACCAACAAGAAAGAGAAAUGCAAAAAAAGUUGGGCUAGCAGCAUCCAAAAGUGCAUCUGCCCGUUCAAGAUCAUCUGCUGCGAACAGUAUCCCAUUUGAAAAAGAAUCCACUGUGAAGACAGAUAAGGUGAAAGAUGUAGUAAAGCCCACAGCAAGGAAAAGCCAGCCGGUGAGCACACCUUGCACAACCAGCCGAGCUGCUGUCGUGAAGCAAGCUCGAAAGCGACGCUCGGAGCCAGUAAAGGUUGUGGCUCCUAAAAAAAGUUUCAGUGACGGUGUCAGUAGCCGGAUUCCCUCUAUAAGUGAUACAUUUGCUGGAGACAUCAGAAUUCGCUGCCAGAAACCAGGUUCCUCAUUGGAUAAGAUGGCAUCACGGUAUCAUUGUUCCAAAUGUGGCUUUCGCUCAUCUCGAAUGGAGAAUAUUGUGAGGCACCAUAAGCAGGACUGCCCAUACUCUAAACAAAAUUCUGCUUGAGAUUCCAAGUCCUUAAAAAGUACAAACAGUACUCACACAUGAGCCUGUUAUCACUGUCAUGUACACAUCUGACUGCUGCAGACCCGGUUCAUUCAUGUUUCAUUUUUGUCAUCACUGACGUCAUUGUUUAUAAGAGGGGGAAAAAAUGGCACGUUAAAAGCACAAAGUCAACCAUGUGUAUAGCAUAAUUUUUAUAGCAAAUUGUGACCAUCUGGAUCUAAAUAAAACUUCACUUUCUCACUUAGUUUUGCAUAACUGUUUCUGUCGAUAAGGCCAACAGUACGAUUAAGCGAGCCUUGUGUUCAUUUUAAUGUUCUUAGUUUUUAGGAACAAAAGUAGGGGAAAUGCACUGCUUGCUUAACAUAAAUGUGAUAGUUGUGUUUGAACUCCCAUUUGGUUUUGUUUUACGCAUGUGUUCCAAACUGUGUCGCACCAGUGCUGCUCACAGCCUCAAGGUACCGAAACACUUCUACACUGUUGUAGGGCACAUUUUUCUUUUUAAUCUGCCAAUGACAAUAAUUGCUCACCUGAAAAGUCUUAACCAAAUUUGUUUGGCUAUAGAAUUUGGUCACGUAGUUGUGUCACGACACCUACCCUUGCAGCUGGUGCAAUUGACAUGACCAAAUGUGCUGUGUAUUUAUCAUGGUCUUCAGUGUAGAUAAUUGUGCAUAUAAUUUCUCCGAAACUUGUUUUCCUGUGUAGUAGCUAAACAAACUAACACACAUUGUAGUCUAGGGAAUAUUGUUUCCUCUGCCAAGACACUUGCACGUGUUUAAGCACAUUCAUCCUAAGGGCACCUGUGCAAUCUUUGUUUACAUCCUCCCUUCUUAUUGCUAUGUAUGUUUACUUGAUAGACACUGAAAGCUGUCUGUAAUCAGUCGCCAGCAAAAGCCAUUUUUGGCACUGAUAUUUCAGUGUUGACGGAAGUGAGGCAGUGUCAAGGGUAGCAAAGCACAGUGCUCACCAUUCCUCCUGCCUGUCUUUGGAACGAUUAGCAAUGCCGACUCUCUGACCAGAAAGUGCAACAGCAGGCAAGAUCACCAUUUCCUUAUUUUGUGCCCUAUUGAUUGUGUACUACUGUAGGUGUACCCAUUAUCAGCUAAAAGCUCAAUCUAGUUCAAAAUCGGCUAAAAUGUCGCACUAUCCCUUAUAAGCACAAAUUUAAUGCUAGAUAGGCCUAAAAUAUGCCAGAUAUGAAAUCUGUUAAAAUUGAAACACUGGUUGAGAGGUCAAAGGGCUACUCUUGGGUGCAUUGUGCUUGCUACUGUUGUCGUGCAUGCCAGCAAAUGCUUAUGACCGGUUCUAGGAGUUAGAUGCAUCGCUUUUUUCUUUUUUCCCACCCCUCAAUUUUCUUUCUUUGCUUGUAAUUUAUUUUUGUAUAAGUAGUACUUGGCGUGCUCUGCCAUUUUCAUGUUCUCCAAGAAAAUGUUUAUGUAUGCUGGCUUUAUUUUUUCUUCAGUUUGAUACUGUUGUUUACUGCUGUUUUUAUUUUACUUGAUUUACAGAUACUGUAAGGUGCUUACAGUUAAUUGCUAGUGAAAGGGUCACUUUGUAUGAUAGAAUUUCUCUUAUGUUGUAACAAACUAUGUUUUACAAUCUCGCAGGGUGCUGUAUUUCUUUCUGCACAAGGUACAUGCAUAACAUGUUACAGUGGUCUGAGAUGAUGAGCUUGAUGUGCCAAUUGUGAAGUGUGGACAUAUUAUGCAUUAUAUUGGCUCCUUUUGGCAUUAAUGCUAGAAAAAGGGUGCUUACAUGUAAUAAUUUCCUUUUCCUCAUUUCCUUGUGAGAAAUUUCCUCAUUUUCCUUUUCACUGGUUUCUUUUUUUAUUCCUCUCUCUCUCAUUCUUUUUUCAAACACAGAGCUUGACCUGUUACUUUGUCACCAUUGUUUCGAAUCCUUGAUAUGUGCUGAAACUUGGCUAUGAAUUGCCAGCAAAAAGGGCAUUAUUGGAUGCCAGAAUUGCUCAUAAGUUGUAUAUUGCUACCUUCUAUUGCCUGGUUAAGCACUGUUUGGCUGGCACCAUUUAUUUUUGUGUCGGAAAGAGAAGCAGAAUUUGAACAAAUCAUCUUAUUGGAGGGUUCUUGCACCAUGUAGUGCACAUUACAGUGAGAUCUCUGCCUAAGGGACAAUAUUAUGUGCCAAUUGUGAAAAGUUACUAAAGACCUUAAGGUGGAUUAUACAAACACAUGUGAGUGGUCUUAGGGGAUUUACUGUUUCAUUGCUUUAUUUUUAUUUACUUAAUUUUUUUUUCCAUCAUUGUAUGGCAUUGAGUCUCCGGUGUUGGAUGGUUAUUUUCUGUGCAAAAAACCGCCCAGCAUCGGAUGGGUAGUGGUGAACACAAUUGUGCCACUUUAGAGUUAAUUCUGCUUCUCUAAAAACAUUAGGAAUGGCCAGUACAAAAGCUCUUACAUUCUUUCUGUGCUGUGUUCACUUGAGUGCCCAGCUUGUGUAGUAGAUAAAGCUUGACAUGUUUCUGUGUUAUUGGCCUUCAACCUCUUCCUAUUUCUUCACCUUGGUUUACCCAAGCAAGGGUUUGUAAAAAAAAAUGUAGUUUUUUUAUGUAUAUGUAAUAUUUUAAUUUAAACAUGAAGUGCAAAUUAUUAGCCCUAUUUGAAGAAUUGCUUGUAUACCUCCUCUUUCUUAUUGGAACUUUUUUUAGCUGAACAUUAAAAGUUUGCUCACCAUUGCAAACAA